AAAGAAAAGGGUCCAAUCUAUCAAUUUCAGAACAAGAGAGAAAAGUCUAAAUUGUAGAAUGUUCUCCUGUGAAAUCAUCGACCAUUUCUCCCCUCCUUCAAACUUGCAGACCGACGACCCUCACUCGUUUCCUCGUUCGUUCCGAUGACACCCAAAAAAUUGCGAAAAAGACGACCAACUUGCCCUAAAAAAAUCCUCAAACUCCCUUUUCUAUUUCCAUUAUAAAUAACUUUUAAAAAAAAAAAAAACAAUAAUUGCGAAUCUUUCGGUUGAAGGUAGAGAUCCUUCGCAUCGGGAGGAUCGAAAAUGGGGGUUUUGAACCGGAGGCUUGGUCAAUUUCUCCGAUCAAAUUCCUUCCUUUUCCUCCUCUCGUCCGCGCUCGUCCUCGGAUCCGUCGCCUUCGCCUUCUCUCGGAUAGCCUUCUCGCCGUUUCGCAGCCCGGUCGCGUCGCCGGCGGCGGCGGAGGGGUGUCGGCCUGAUGGAGAGGGAUCCUGGGCCGUUGGAGUCUUCUAUGGGGAUUCACCGCUCUCUUUGAAACCAAUCGAAGAUUGGAAUGAGUGGAGAAAUGCGAGCGAGGCAUGGCCGGUGGCGAAUCCGGUGUUGACCUGCGCGACGCCGACGAACGCGGGGUUUCCGAGCAAUUUCGUGGCCGAUCCCUUUCUCUUUAGUAAGGAUGGUGCUCUUUAUUUGUUUUUUGAAACAAAGAACUCUAUCACACUGCAAGGGGAUAUUGGUGUUGCUGUAAGCAAGGACGACGGUGCAACUUGGCAGCACCUGGGCAUUGCUUUAGAUGAGAAGUGGCAUCUUUCUUAUCCCUUUGUAUUCAGUUAUCAGGAUCAGAUAUAUAUGAUGCCUGAAGGCAACCAGAAAGGUGAACUCCGUCUCUAUCGGGCAUUGCAGUUUCCCUUGAAAUGGGAAUUGGAGAAGGUCCUUUUGAACAAACCUCUUAUUGAUUCAUUUAUUGUGGAGUACAAUGGCUACCAUUGGCUGUUUGGGUCAGAUUUCAGUUCUUUUGGUGCAAAAAAGAAUGGGGAGCUUGAAAUCUGGUACAGUGACUCUCCACUUGGACCUUGGAAGCCACACAAGCAGAACCCAGUACAUAACACAGACAAGAGCUUUGGUGCUCGAAAUGGAGGACGCCCUUUCAUCUACAAAGGGGAUCUCUACCGACCAGGACAAGACUGUGGUGAGACAUAUGGACGCCGAGUGCGUCUAUUCAAAGUGAUGGUCCUCACUACUGAUAAAUAUGAAGAGGUCGAAGUUCCACUUGGGAUCGAAGAGCCUAAAAAGGGGAGAAAUAUUUGGAAUGGUGCUCGCUACCAUCAUCUUGAUGCUCAACUGCUUCCAUCGGGCAAAUGGGUUGCUGUGAUUGAUGGAGAUAGAGUCCCCUCAGGUGAUUCUUCUCGAAGGCUUGUUUUGGGCUAUACGGCAUUUGGAGCUGCCAUCGCAUUGGUCAUACUAACAGGAGCACUGCUGAAUGUCAUUAUUUGCUUUCCACACACGAGCUGGUGCCUUCCAACCUCUGGAAAACGAAGUGAUGCCACUCAGAGUGAGGAAAAAUGGGACCAUCUCUAUUCUAAGCUGAAAUGGGUUUUAGCGCAUUUGAACAGGCUAGCUUCUCCUUUCCAAGGAAGGAUAAAAAUCAAUACAUGGAUUGGUCGUUUCGUCCUAGCUUUCAUAUUCCUAAUUGGAGUUGCAUUAACAUGCAUGGGGACUCAUUAUGUAUAUGGAGGAAAUGGAGCAGAAGAGGCUUAUCCAGUGCAGGAACACUAUUCACAGUUCACCAUGCUAACUAUGACAUAUGAUGCUCGGCUCUGGAAUCUGAAAAUGUAUGUGAAGCAUUACUCAAGGUGCUCUUCAGUAAGGGAGAUUGUGGUGGUAUGGAACAAAGGCCAGCCUCCAAGCCUAAGUGAUUUUGACUCAGCAGUUCCUGUAAGAAUCAGAGUGGAAGAUAAGAAUUCUUUGAAUAAUAGGUUCAAGCCUGAUGAACUGAUAAAGACACGUGCAGUUCUUGAGCUCGAUGAUGAUAUCAUGAUGACAUGUGAUGAUGUGGAGAGAGGCUUUAAGGUGUGGCGGGAUCAUCCUGACAGAAUUGUGGGAUUCUAUCCACGGCUUGCUGAGGGGAAACCUCUCCAAUAUCGAGAUGAGAGUUAUUCUCGAAAACUGAAAGGGUACAAUAUGAUACUAACCGGAGCUGCUUUUGUUGAUAAAGGAUUGGCGUUUGAGAGGUAUUGGAGCAAGGAAGCAGCCAAGGGAAGGGAGUUAGUGGACAAAUUCUUCAAUUGUGAAGAUGUGCUUCUUAAUUUCUUGUACUCAAAUGCUAGUUCGUCGAGUAAAGCUGUGGAGUAUGUGACGCCUUCUUGGGUUAUUGACACAUCAAAGUUAUCGGGAGUUGCGAUCAGUAGGAACACUAGGGCGCAUUAUCAUGUGAGGAGCAAAUGCAUUGCGAAGUUUACAAAGUUGUACGGGAAUCUCGCGGCACAUAGAUGGGGAUUUAAUAGCAGGGGAGAUGGUUGGGAUGUAUAGAAGUAUGUGGGAAGUUCACUUUCAUUUUGGUUGAACAACAUUCAUUUUCCCCUUUUCAUCUUAUUUCUUUAGACUGAUCUUCUAGAACUGUAAUUUAUUUCUCUUUAGUUUGGUUGGCAAAUGUAGAUGGCUGUAAAAAUUUGUUGUCGGAUCGGAGGUGCUUAGAGAAAAAUUAAUGUAUUUGCAACUGAUUUAAAAUCUCUCGAUAUUAUAUCAAUCAAUUUUGUACAGUUAACCUUA